AUGCCGCGAGAUGGAUGCAAAGAGUGCUCGCGGCGUCGUAUAAAAUGCGACAAAGGCGCACCUGAAUGCGCUAAAUGCUUGAAGAAAGGCAUCACAUGCACUGGUGUAGGCCGCCAAAUCAGGUUUGUCGAUGGUGUGAUAUCAAAGGGCAAGCGAAAGGGCCAUACCUUCCCUAGUAAUGCCGAUUUUGCGCCCAAGCUGGGAGAGUACUUGGCCAGCGCACCUGUACUAUCGCCACAGCCAGAGUGCGAUGGGAGUCAAGCCACCCUGGUCCAAGGACCCGACCCCAGCGAACACGACACACUGGAUCUUGAUAUUGAGGAUGCAGUAGAGGAUAUCGCUACCUUGACACCCUAUCAGAGACAGAGCGACGUACGCAUUCUCAGCUCAGCCAACGGUCACCCUGGCUUAUUGCUAUAUCCCGACCCUACUGCUGACCUGACUCUGGAAUUGCUGAAACCAGGUAUACAGAUGCUCUUCAACCACUUCUCGCAAAGUAUUGCGUCAAUAAUGGUCGUUUUUGACGAUGAUUCGAACGGCUAUCGCAACUUUCUGCUUCCACUCGCAUAUGAAGACGACCUCGUACAACGAGCAGUCUCCGUUACAGCGGCAUUCCACUUAUCUACCACUCGACCUGAUCUACUCUCCAUCGCAGAAGAAGGCCGAUCAGCUAUCAUACAGAGGUUACGGGCAGACGCCUUUGCCGGAAAUAGCAACAAAGUGUUCAGCAUGUCUACCUGGGCUACGAUCAUCCUUCUCCUGGUAGGAGAGACUGUCACCGGCUCACAGGAUUUCGUACAUCUUUAUCCGAUGCUUACUAGUCUCCUGAGCAACGAAAGACUCCUCACCGUGGGCUCGACCUCCAAGCGAGAAUUUCUGCUCCAGCAAUCACGAAUGUUUCAGCUAUUUACACCGCCUCUGCUUGACCUUUCACAAGGCCGUGAAACGUUUGGCAAAGAUCUGAGCUUCUACUUUGAUUUCAUUUUCUCCCAACAAUACUCGGACACCCCCAGUAUCGCUGAGCACACAAUCGUCUUCCAGGAAGCCAUACAGCAAGCGCGAAACAUAUACAUGCGCCAAGCUUUUGGCAAUUACCACGCUGGGCAGCUUUUCAACGACAUCGAACAACUCAGGCUUCUGGUCACGCCUAUCAAAUCAGACAAUCCUUGUAUGCAUACACUACCCUGGGUCUACUUUAUUGCCGCAGCUUCCAGCAACGAUCAGGGUCACCGAGAGUUCUUUGCACGCAGGCUUGCGCAGGUACAUGAGAAAACACGGAUGAACAACAUUAUCGUCGCAUUGGAACGUCUGAAAAUGAUCUGGCUACUGCAACCAAACGGUGAAUGGGCACGGAACCCUAGUCUCGUCAAUCCCGUUCUUAUCAUAUGA